AUGCCGUUCCCACAUAUAUCACACUCGGCGAUGAUUAGAACUGUACCACAUAUCACGGUUGCUCCCAAACUUUCUUUGCAAAAUUGUUUGACUAGAGGUAAUGUUUUCCAGCACCCAGAGAGUAGGAGUAAUAGCAACAACGGUAAUGGCAUUCAUAGUAUAAAGAAGGAGAACAGGAGCAAGAGGUCAACACAGAGGCGUUUUUAUUCUACGUCGUCAUCCAACAGUGCCACCACAAGUGCACCAGAUUUUCAGAAGUUAACUGAAGGCAUACCAAAGCACCAGUUGCCAUAUUAUAACCAGCUAUUAUCAUUUGACGAAUGUCUUGCACAUAAUUCAUUUUUUGAUCCGAAAACAGGGGAUGUCCCUGGGGGUACCGCUCAAUUUUGGGACGCUGUUGAAAGGAUCAUGCCAUUAUAUGAGGAUCUAUUAAUCACUGGGGAAUUAAAUCAGCGUCGUGUUGACGAGCUAAUUAGCCUGUUAAGAAAUGGACUUAGGAUGCACAGAUUCGAACUAUCCAAAUUAAGAAAGAACGUUGACAGAGAUUUGAAUAGUCCAUUACAACAAAUGCAGGAGUAUUUGAAAAAAUCAUUGGUCAGAAUCAGUAAUGAUCUACUCAGCCAAGAGAAGAACGGUAUAUAUGAGAAGAGAAUGGCGAUAAGUUCACGUGGAUUGACCAAUCUCUUUAAGGCCUUUACUGACAUGGGUCUAAUUGAUGAGGCAACACUGAUUUGGAAUAGGGGAAAGAAAGAUCCCAAAUUACAUUCGUUAUUUACAAGUGAAUCAGUACUUGGAUCAGUGCUCACCCUAUUAAUAGAAAACAAGGAAUUUGAUUUCAGUGAGAUCUGGUCCAUCUAUAAGACAAUCAAGGAUCACAAAUCUAAAAACGAUAUUAUUCAUAGUGAGUUACAAGUUGCAAUGAUCCGUGCAUGCUUGAUGAAGGGUAAGACUGAUGUAGCAUUAGACAUUUUCAAGGAAAUCACCAGUGAUGUGUUGAACUAUUACCAACGCAAAAACAUGGUGUUACCGGUUGCUGUUAAGAAUUACAUGACUAUGGCCCAUUUAUCAUUUAUUGGAUAUUGUCAAGAUUACGAGACAGCCAACAUUUUUUUCCAAGACUCAUUUGAGAACGAAAUGCCAUAUUUGACGCCAAUCCAAAUCAACUAUGUGAAAAAAUUCAUGUACAAUACAUGGGUCAACACAGGGGAUUUUGAGAAAGUGACCAAGAUUUGGAUCAAAACAUGGGACUAUUUUGAGAAGCUGGGCAAAUCCACCACGGCCAUUUCGUCAUCAUUGAACGACUCUUAUUUAGAGAUAUUUUUCAGUAAAUAUUCUGUAUUCAACGAUGAUGCGGCCAUUGCACUCAAAGAUUUGUUGAAACAAUACAAUGAAAUCAAGUUCAUGGAUGAGCCCUUUUUCAACUGUUUAAUCACAAAGUCGCAGAAAUGGGGGAAUGUCAACGUCUUCCGGAGCACAGUCAAGGUAGCGGAGUUGUACAACUUCCCCAAGACAAACGUCUAUCAUCGGUGUGUCCUCAAGGCUAGCGGUUCCGUGAAGUUGCCCAUUGAGGAGACGUUUGGAUUGUUCAGAAAGUUACUACAGUCCAACGUGCAGUUGGGAUCGAGGUCAAUUGGGAAUGCCGACUGGUUUGCCUUUAGGGACGCUACGAUUCAUUCCAAAGAGGUCACCAACGACAAAAUAGAUCUCUAUUUUAAAGUGCUCAAGCUCUGCUGCAAGCAUUUCCUUAAUGCACGUAACUUCCGUUUGUACAUGAACCUCGACGUGGGGCUCGACAAGAGGUAUGCCAGUGUCUACGAGGAGAUGGACCGUGUCAACGUUGACGGAGUGGCCAUUCCUGAGCUGGAGUGGUUUUCCGAAUGCGGUGACAUUGUCAGGUACUGGCAGGACCGUGGCGUCUCCCUAUAUUGA